GUCUAUGGGGACAAAGCUGUGGACGUUAUCCAUGGAUUGAAGAACUGUCCACAUACCGUUGUUCCAAUAGUGAUUCAACGUAUGAAUCAAAAGGAGGCUGAAUGGAGUGAAUCUUUGAGAAAGUUCCAGCAGCAUUGGGGAGAGCAAGACUCAAAGAACUAUCUCCGUUCACUCGAUCACCAGGGAAAUCACUUUAGAAAUCGUGACAACCACCUCCUUCGUCCUAAGGCUGCCAUCUGUGCUAUUGAGAAUAUUGCACGAGGUGAAAGGGCUGCUUGUACUGAUUUAAUUGGCGGUGAUAACGUUGCAGCAAUGCUGGAAAAGGGCCUAAGUAUGGGCUCUGCUCCUCUAAAACCCGUCAGCCCCUCAACACUUGGCGCGGUCCUUAAUUAUGUCGUUGAAGGUAAUGGGGAGAAUGGGUCAAUGCAUAUGACUCUUGAAUAUCCACCUCCGGAGACAUGUGCAUCUCUACUUCAGGAUGUCGCAUCACUCAUCAUACAUCACCUCAAAAGGCAAAAUACUAGCAAAGAAGAUAAGAGGUCAAUGAAGUACUUCAUGCGCACAGUUCUUCAGGAUCUCUUCAUGCAAGAGCGUUUCCCAAUGUCUGACGACGAAGCAGAGGAAGAUGAGGAUGGACAUGGCGGUUAUUUAGAGGAAGACGCUAGUAGAAGAGAAGUGGUUCAGGCAGGCGGUGAAGAAAUUGAUAAUAAAGAUGGAAGUGUUACUGCUAGCAUUUCUCGGCGAGUCAGAGAAUGUCCAAAUCAGAUGGAAAGUAUGGAGGUCGAUGUAUCUCCAGCUGCCUCAGAAAAGGGUGAAUCGAGGGCACAAUCUCGAAAGCAUUCUAGGAGAAAAAUUGUGAAGGGCAUGACAUCUCAAUACAAGCCAUCACAAGGAGGACCCGAUGAUCAACAAACUCCAAGUGGUUCUCAAGAGGAGUGCUAUUGUUUUAUAAUGGGAAAUAAUCAUUUGUACUCCUUCCUCAGAAUGCACCACCUCCUCUUUACACGCCUCUUCUUAUUGAGGACGAGAGCAGAAGUCAUGCAAAAGGAGUAUAGAGAAGAGAACAGAAGCAACGAACAAGUUUCCAACAUCCUGUCAUUGCGGAAGAAAGAUGACAAGGAGCCUGGAGAGUACUAUGCACUGGCGUUGAACCUAGUCAAAGAGGUGCUAGAUGGUUGUGAAGACGCUCAUACCUAUGAAGAUAGACUGCGGGAUAUGUUUGGUAUCUACGCCUAUCCCUGGUUUACCAUGGACCGCAUUGUAAUGACUCUCGUGAAGCAACUCCAAGCAAUAACUCUCGGAGAUGAGGUCAGCUGUCGACUGACCGAAGAAUUCAAGAAUUACUUCAAACCAAGCGGCAGCCGCUCUCGCAAUGAUUCGGAGAGAAUUAUGGAGGGGGUUAGUGAAGCGAGAUUCAUUCCUAUGUCCAAUGAUAUUUGUGGACCGGUGCGAACCCGUUAUAUGCGUAUAAGAAAUGAAGUCAAAUUCCAGUACUCUGCCUUCCGACUUUGUGUUCAACAAGCUCUUUCCUCCAAUGACGAAGCUGAAGACGACUCAAACGGCGAGGGUAAUAAUUUCCAAGGGUCUCUGAGAAGUUUGCCCUCUGCGGACUCCAUUCCAAAUUGUUACACUUUUGUUAUGGUUCGUCAGGCUUCUAAGCUUCUUAUACGUCUCAAUGAUCCCAAUUACAUGCUCAACGCACUCAACAGAAGCCUUUCACAGGAUGUUGAACCUUUUGAUUAUGAGGAGCGUAAGCCGUCCUGCAGUAGUUCUGUUUUACCUCUCUCCCCUCGAACACGAGUUAAAGCUGCAAAUGCUUUCAAACGUGCUAUAGAGGAAGAAACUGGAGAGAUACACAGCUGGUAUGAUUAUCUUGCGCGUUAUCUCCUUAUUCCAGGCUGUUGGACUGCUGGUCCUGUUUCAGCGAACCUGGUUGCAGAAGUGAAGCCUGUUUUCCUUUAUCGUAACGUCCGGAAGUAUGUAAAGCGGUUGACUAACCAAGCAGUAGCAAGGAGAAUGAGUGAAGCUAUUGCAACUAUUGAUCCACAACCGGAAGAGAUUCUAUUGAGAAGUGCAGAAGCAGGAGAAGGAUCCUCAGAACAGGAAGAUCUUGAGAAGGAUAUCUGUGUGGUUAUGAGGAGGGUCCUGAGAAAUAAUCUUACAAGGUCUGAGAUUUUCAGAGAUUGCUACUCCAGUGACUGUAUGCAAUCGAGCAGCAAAUCCCUGAGAAGUGCUGGUUCAACCCCCAAGGCUAAUACUUGCAAGAUUAGCUGGUCUGUUGGUUCCUAUGGAAUAUUCAUCCGCAGUAAAAAGAAUCGUCCCAUAGUAUCACCAGACAGAAUGCCCAAAGCUGCCGAGAGGUUCCGUGCCUAUCAAGCCAAGUGGCUGGAAGAAAACGGAAACCCAGACCAGAUUGAAGCAAUUAUGGCUCUUUUCAAACACCAUUCUGGCUGCUAUGACGGCGAAGAAAUCCAAAAAUCCCCAGCUUUAGUAGCAGACCAGAGCGAUGAAUUAAAGCCCGAAGUUGUUGUAGACCAAGUGUUUGAAACCAACCAAACAACAAUCGAGCCUUCUAUUCCAGAAGAUCCUCAAAUUCCAACUACUUCUACUACUGCAGUGGAAGUAGAGAAAGAAACCCCUUCUACCACCACCAAGGAACCCAAAGUAGAGCAAAUGGAAGUGUCAUCGGCUACUGAAUAA